AAGAAGCAAAUACACAAGAUAAUAAAUUCUUUAGCCUCCAAUCUUUAGAAAUUUUAGAUUCUUCUAUUUUGAUAAAACAGAAAAACAAGGCAGAGAAAAGCAAGAGAGAUAGACCAAAAAUACAAAUUUGUGAUGAUUAUAGUAAAGGUGAAGAUAAUGAUUAUAAACAUUAUGAAGUCAAUUGUUGUUAUUGUAAUAAGAAAAGGUGGCAACAUAGCAAGCUUUUGGUUAUGAAAGCUCAUUUGGCACUUUAUUGCAAGAGAUCUAUAUCAGAUGAUAUUAGAAAGAAAUA